AUGGCCAACGACGAAUACGAUUUCCUCUUCAAAGUGGUGUUGAUCGGAGACUCGGGUGUCGGUAAAUCCAACCUUUUGAGUCGAUUCACCCGCAAUGAGUUCAACUUAGACUCCAAGUCCACCAUCGGCGUGGAAUUUGCCACUCGCUCGAUCCAAGUCGACUCUAAGACUAUCAAGGCACAGAUCUGGGACACCGCCGGUCAGGAACGUUACCGUGCCAUCACCUCUGCCUAUUACCGUGGCGCCGUCGGUGCCCUUCUCGUCUACGAUAUCAGCAAGCACCAGACCUAUGAGAAUGUCAACCGGUGGUUGAAGGAGCUGCGAGACCAUGCCGACGCCAAUAUUGUGAUUAUGCUCGUUGGAAACAAGAGCGAUUUGCGCCACCUUCGUGCGGUUCCCACCGAAGAAGCCAAGCAAUUUGCCAGUGAAAACAACCUUUCCUUCAUCGAAACCUCCGCUCUUGACGCAAGCAACGUCGAGCUUGCCUUCCAGAAUAUCCUCACAGAAAUCUACCGCAUUGUUUCCAGUAAGGCCCUCGAUUCUGGCGAGUCUGGAGCCAACCAACCUGGUGACCGCCGUCCGGUCAUCGAGUUCACACCCCAGGACAACGAGCAGAAGCAGGGCUGCUGCUAG